AUGCCUAAAUCAGAUGGUAAAUUUAGGUGCUGUUAUGUUAAUACAAUAUGCGGCCGGAGUUUACAACAUGGUGUUAUGUUUGUGGGAAUAGCCACAGUGGUUAUUUCAUCAAUAGUUCUUCUACUGUCGCUGGUUUGUGCCACACUUACGUUGAGAUCGGAUAAGUUGUUAAACGCUCAUCCGGUUGCAGCGAUGAACUUUAUUUUCUCACUUGUAUCCUCCAGUUUCUCCACUUAUCAGAUCCUCAUAUCAGCCAUACUGCUUUGGCAUGUGGGCCAAGGAAUCUUCUAUAUAUAUUCUUUGUGGUAUACAUCACACUUAUCAAUUUUGACAAUCUAUUUUGUUCUGUUCACAAUUAAAGUGAUUAUUUGUUUUGCCGAGAAACAUUAUGUGACAGCUUGCAUAACAAUUUCUAUUGGGAUUUUAUAUGAAGGUAUUUUUAUAUAUUUUCUUAUUAUAGUGAACAGUUAUUUAUACUCAAUAAAUCAAGAUAUAUACCAAUGA